AUGGAUUCAUUUGUUAGGGACAAACUACAACAGUGGAACCUCUGCAAUUUAAUAGAAAUAUUUCAAGAGGAAGAAGUAGAUGAAGAUAGCUUUAUGCUACUGGAUGACGCAAGCAUUGCUGCGCUAAUACCGCGAAUUGGUCUCAGCGUUAAAUUCAAGAAAUUUCAUUCGGAAUUUUUGGGAGUAAGUUUACACUAGCUAAACAAUGACUGCCUGAUGACAGGCAGGUUGUUCAAGAAGGAAAUCGAGAUUGGUUCAGGUCAAAAGUCUGUUCUUCAGUCAGUCGAGGGUGUUCAAGAUAUUACUGGUAGCUUGGAAGAUUUUCCUCAUUCCAGUGAGGUUUAUAUCCCCUCAUGGGUCAAGUCUCUGGGUCAAAGCCCUGUUAACAAUCAGUCAUGUCACAAUCAGUCACCUAUAAGGAUAAACCCAAUAACCCCAACUCAGACAAUAGUGGAAAGCUGCCAGACAAGAACAACAAGCAACUCAACCUUUGAUAUACGAGAAAUACUCAGAAAAUCUGGAGGAUUAACAUUAAUAACAUCCUUAGACCGAGACGGGCACCUAAGCCUCAAGGAGCGACGUCAGAUGGUGCGGUUAUUGGUUUCUCAUUUGAUGGAAAGUUUUGGGGAAACCCCAUCAGCUGAGAUCAAAAAGAUGGCUUUGACACUAACUGCCCAGUUUCCUUGCCUGAAGAACAAUGAGGGACAUGGAUAUGAGUCAUGGUAUACACCUGGUCGUUAUCGUCACCCUGCAACAGGUUACCUGGAAGAAAGACUACGCAAUGUGAGGAAACGUCUUAGAGCCCCACACAGUCAGAGACAGCACAGCCAUCCACAGCCAUCACAGAAUUCCUCUUCCCGACCAAGUUUUCCACUGCCAGAUUCUGAGUCAUCUUUGACUGAACUUCACACAAUGACUGAGUGGCUACAGAACAACAGAAGCCCUCACAGCCAAGUCGAGGAGUUAAUGAUACGUACAGCACCUCAUCGUGCUGUGUGGAUUCGAUCCUCUGGUACAAAAACUGUUGAGGAAAUAAACAGAGAAUAUCCCAGACUUUAUGAUUUUCCUGGAAUGAUAUCACAGGACUUUGGAGUUUUAUUCCCUGACAAUGCAAACCGCCUUUAUGAGUUUUGGGUUCCUGUCUUCACUGACCGGAUUUUACUUUUUGCAAGAAAAGAACCCAGGGCUGCUGAUGUCCUUCUAGAAAGUCUGGAAACAUUGUCAAAUGAUGUUCAUGGUGAAGUUGCCUUUAAAACCCUUCCUGCUGUUCUGCCAUCAUCGCCAUACCGCACAGAUGGGAAAAUGGUCCGUCCAACUUAUGCUGAAAUAAAGCGCAGCUUCAUUGACAUUAAACCAGUUGGAACUAAUAUGGUGGAUUACCUAAUUAGUGAGACAAGCCAGGAUCCACACAUCUUGGUCCUCGGAGACAAAGAGAACUCCUCCAAAGUUUUCAUCAUUUUCAACGGGGAGGCAGUUGAAAAAGAGACCUUACUUCAAGCAGUGGAUGUAUGCUUCAAAAUAUUCUACAUCUAUGACAUUAACUACCCAAAGCCUUCUGCUCCCAUUUGGGAGUUUUUACAGCAUGCUGUCUAUAAUAUUUCUGGAGGAGUUCCUUCAACACAUUGCAACCUCCUUAAAAGCUUUGUUUUCAAUGUUACUGAUCAUCAUUAA